CGCGCGGCGGCCGGUGAGGGACCGUUGGGGCGGGCGGUGGUGGCGGCGGCGCGCGCUGCGGGUGUGAGUGUGGAGGCGCGGACGCGCGGCGGAGCUCGAGCUGCUGCAGCUGCUGCGGCCGCCGGAGGAACCUCGCUUUCCGUGCUCCGGACACCCUGGGCCUCGCCAUGGCCGACCAGCUGACUGAGGAGCAGAUCGCAGAAUUCAAGGAGGCUUUCUCCCUCUUCGACAAGGAUGGAGAUGGCACUAUUACCACCAAGGAGUUGGGGACAGUGAUGAGAUCCCUGGGACAAAACCCCACUGAAGCAGAGCUACAGGACAUGAUCAAUGAGGUGGACGCAGAUGGGAAUGGGACCAUUGACUUCCCGGAGUUCCUGACCAUGAUGGCCAGGAAGAUGAAGGACACUGACAGUGAGGAAGAGAUCCGAGAAGCCUUCCGAGUCUUUGACAAAGACGGGAACGGCUACAUCAGUGCUGCAGAGCUGCGUCACGUCAUGACGAACCUCGGGGAGAAGCUGACCGAUGAGGAAGUAGAUGAGAUGAUCAGAGAGGCUGACAUCGACGGCGAUGGUCAGGUCAAUUAUGAAGAGUUUGUACAGAUGAUGACCGCAAAGUGAAGGCCCGGGCAGCUGGUGAUGCCCGUUCUCCUGAUCUCUCCUCGCGCGCGCUCUUUUCUCUCCAACACUCCCCUGCGUACCCGGUUCUAGCAAACACCAAUUGAUUGACUGAGAAUCUGAUAAAGCAACAAAAGAUUUGUCCCACGCUGCAUGAUUGCUCUUUCUCCUUCCUCUGAGCCUCCCUCCAUGGACCCCCUCGCUCCUUUUUGCCGCCUCUGCCUCCCCCCAUUCAAACACUCCAGGCCUGAUGCAUUCAUAAGAGGACCCUUGUCCCUUAGGGAGCCUCUGCCCCCCUCCUCCAGCCUGGGUGGCUCUCCUCCCCUGCGGUUUGUUUCGUCUGUCCUCUUAUUUGGGUGCCGGGGUGACUACCAGCCCUGUCCCGGCCCUGUGGGUGUGAAGCCCCCACCCAGGCAAGGAGCAUGCCCAUGGCGCCUGCAUGCAGCCAGCCUGUGAUUCAGUGUGCAGAUCCCUGCAGCCUGGGGCAGGGGGCCCGGAGGGGUGUGCGGAAACCCUGGGGGUGAGAAAUUGUGGCAUUGACCGGAAGUGGCCCAGGAGGGGGCAAGGAGCCCUUGGAAGCUGGGGGCUUUUUGUACGGGAGGGACCGGCUUGGAAGGGAGCAGACAGAGCGGACGGCACUCAGGUUCUGCUGGCUGCUGUUCUGGAACCAUCUGUCUGGCUUUCUGAGGUGUGGUUGGGCAGGGCUGCUCAUUAGGCCCCUGUCCCUCGGGGUCCCAGCUGUUCUGUAAAUACCUGGUGCUAACAUCCCAUGCCACUCCCCUACGGCGCACCGCCCCGGGCGUCUAGGAAUGGAUGUGGGGUUGGUCGCUCUGUAAUGUGCUGGUUAGCCUUUAUUUUUCUUUUUUCCUUUAUGUCCCUUAAAAUUUUGAUUUUGGUCCCAAACCAUGCCAGGCCAGCCGAAGGGUAGAGAGAGGGAAGCUCAGCCUCUCCACACCUUCACAGGAAUAAACCCGCAAUAAAACCCUCAUGCUAAUCCGCUUCACGCUGCCUCUGCCCCUCCUGCCCCGGCCCCAGCGGAGAGCAUGAUCCGCGUCCUCGCUUCUGACUCACCUCUGGGACAAGUCAGUCACCGCGGGCAGUCAGUCUGGGUUCUUUUCUGUUCUUUUCAUCUGGCUCCCCCACCCCAGGUCGAUCAAGUGGCUUUCCUGGGACCUGCCCAGCUUUUGGGACCCUUCUCCUCCACCCUGUGGCACCAGCCUCCAGGGAGGGAGGGAGGGACGGGCCAGGUGGGAGACCCGGCCAGGAGUUGAGGGCAAGGGCAGGUAGGCGUGAGGCUGUGGACACUUCCAGAAUGUUUUGAGUUUUGUUUUUUUAAACCGGGCAAUAUUGUGUUCAGUUCAAGCUGUGAAGAAAAAUAUAUAUCAAUGUUUUCCAAUAAAAUACAGUGAUACCUGA